UGAUUGCUACGUAAACACAUGUGCUGAACAAAAACAGCGGUGCAGGACGAGGAUAUUAGCUAACUCUGUUGCCUAAAAUAGCGUACGCUUUACCGCAUCAGAAAUGGAUAUCAACUGCGAAGACAUUGUUGGUGAUAUAGAAGAUCUGAUAUCCUUUGACGAUCCCACUCCGUCGGAACGGUACCAGAAUAAAAAGGACGUAACAGCGCGAGCCAAACGUGCAAAAGUGCGCGCUAGCCGUCCGAAAGAAGUUACCUGCGUGGAAAAGCCGAAACUAGACAGUGUGAUUCCCGAGACGCAGCAAAUUUACAUGAAAACCUGGGGCUGUGCGCAUAACACAUCAGAUACGGAGUAUAUGGCCGGUCAACUGGCGCAGUACGGAUAUAAUUUGACCAACGAUAAAAACUCCGCCGAUCUGUGGGUGUUGAACAGCUGUACGGUUAAAAAUCCGUCGGAAGACACGUUUCGUAAUGAAAUUGAAGCCGCACACCAAGCGGGCAAGCAUGUCGUUGUUGCAGGGUGUGUACCGCAAGCCGCUCCCCGGUCCGAUUAUCUCAAAGGCUUGAGCGUGGUCGGUGUGCAACAGAUCGAUCGCGUUGCCGAAGUGGUGGAGGAAACGCUCAAGGGCCACUCGGUGCGCUUGCUGCAGGCCAAGAAAAUAAACGGCCGCAAGGUAGCAGGACCGAAGUUAGCCCUUCCGAAGGUGCGCAAAAAUCCGUUAAUCGAAGUUAUUCCCAUCAACUCCGGUUGUCUGAACGCGUGCACUUACUGUAAGACAAAGUUCGCCCGGGCCGAUCUGGUCAGCUAUCCCGUUGAAGAGAUAGUGGAACGAGCACAGCAAGUGUUUCAAGACGGAGUUUGCGAAAUAUGGCUAACAUCGGAAGAUACCGGAACCUAUGGACGAGAUAUCGGAUCCUCGCUCCCGGAACUGCUGUGGAAGUUAGUGGAAGAAAUACCGCAAGGGUGCAUGAUGCGACUCGGUAUGACCAAUCCGCCCUACAUUUUGGAACAUCUGGAUGAGAUGGCUAAAAUCUUGUCACAUCCGCGAGUCUACAGCUUUCUGCAUAUACCCGUGCAGAGUGGAUCAGAUACAAUUCUGGGAGAAAUGAAACGCGAAUAUUGCGUGAAAGAGUUUGAACGUAUGGUUGACUUUCUAAGGACACAGGUGCCAGGUAUCACCAUUGCGACAGAUAUCAUUUGCGGAUUUCCCGGUGAAACGGAGGCAGACUUCGAAGAUACGCUUGCAUUAUGUCAGAAGUACCAGUUUCCAAGUUUGUUUAUCAAUCAAUUCUUUCCACGGCCUGGAACGCCAGCUGCUAAGAUGACGAAGGUUCCAGCAAAUGAAGUGAAAACACGAACUAAACGCCUGACGGAUCUGUUUCAUUCGUACGAACCGUACAAGAAAUACAAGAUUGGAACGAAACAAACCGUGCUCGUUACCGAAAUCUCUCACGAUCGCAAACAUUACGUUGGGCACAAUAAGUUCUACGAGCAGAUUCUACUGCCAAUGCACAACAACUUACUCGGGAAACAGGUCGAAGUUGAAAUUACCGGAUGCACCAAGUUCAGCAUGUUCGGUAAGGUUAUGCAAGACGAGCAAGAAUGGGUCAAUUGCAGCAAGGUUGGUGCCCCCGAUGGAAUUGUUGUCCCGAAACUUGCUACCGACGCCGGAGAGUUGAGAUAUCGAUCGAUGUUUGCCUAUCUUUUCAUAUCGUGCAGUUUGGCGAUAGUGUGUAAAUACAUUCUCAUGUUUUUUGACUUCUAA